AUGAGCGACACAGAGAAGGAUAAGGACGUCCCCAUGGUAGACUCGCAAGAAGCAAGCGAGGAGCCACCUACUACGACCACUAAUACUCCAUCUUUCCCUCACCUGGUACAGGAACAGUCAAAAGAAGAAUCUGCCUCGUUGGGGGCGGAAGUGGCUCAUAGGAAGGUGAAUUACGAGCAGGAGGCGCAGAAACUAGAGGAGAAGGCGCUGAGAUUCCUAGCCAAGCAGACACAUCCGGUGAUUAUCCCGUCAUUUGCGUCUUGGUUCGACAUUUCGAAGAUACACGAGAUCGAAAAAAGAUCGAAUCCGGACUUCUUCAACGACUCAUCAAGGUUUAAGACUCCUAAGGCGUAUAAGGACACGAGAAAUUUCAUCAUCAACACGUACCGUCUUUCACCAUAUGAGUAUUUGACUAUUACCGCCGUGAGAAGGAACGUGGCCAUGGAUGUGGCCUCCAUAGUGAAGAUCCACGCAUUUUUAGAAAAAUGGGGGUUGAUCAAUUACCAGAUCGACCCUAGAACCAAGCCCAGUCUUAUUGGGCCGAGUUUCACGGGCCACUUUCAAGUGGUGCUGGACACUCCGCAAGGUUUAAAGCCAUUCCUUCCAGAGAACGUGAUCAAACAGGAAGCGGGGGGCGAAGCGGAAGGCGAAGCGGAAGCGGUGGUCAAGAAAGAGUUCCCAGUGAAUUUAUCGAUCAAGAAGAACGUUUACGAUUCGGCGCAGGACUUCAAUGCAUUACAAGACGAGAGUAAAAACUCCAGGCAGAUCCAUAAGGUUUAUGUUUGCCAUACAUGUGGCAACGAGUCGAUCAAUGUACGCUAUCACAAUUUACGUGCGCGGGACACCAAUUUGUGUUCCCGUUGCUUCCAAGAAGGACAUUUCGGUGCCAACUUUCAAUCUUCAGAUUUCAUCAGGUUGGAAAAUGGCGGAAGUGCGAUCAAAAAAAACUGGUCUGACCAAGAGCUGCUUCUGUUGUUGGAAGGUAUCGAAAUGUAUGAAGACCAGUGGGAAAAGAUUGCUGACCACGUGGGGGGGCACAAGCGCAUAGAAGACUGUAUCGAGGAGUUUUUAAGCUUGCCCAUCGAGGACAGCUAUAUUCAUGAAGUAGUCGGUUCGCAACUGAACGGUAAGGGCGGUGAUAGGCAUGACGGUGGUGUGUCUGGGUCGAAGCUGAUGGAGUGCGUGAAUGACGCUGUGCAGGCGUUGUUGCAGGGCAACGACAAGUUGGAUAAGGUCUCUGACAGGUCGAGGGAGAUCUCAAAGAAGUACAUCGAAGAGAGCCAGGUGAUAAUCCAGGAGUUGGUAACGUUGACCAUGGAAAAGUUGGAGGGCAAGUUCACCAAAUUGUGCGAUCUGGAGACGCAACUGGAGGUGGAAAAACUGAAAUACGUGAAGGAAUCGGAGAAAAUGCUGAACGACCGACUAUCGCUGAGCAAGCAGAUUACCGACCUUAACAAGUCGCUGGAGGAGCUGAACGUGUCGAAGAAGCUGGUGCUGAUUUCGGAGCAAGUCGACUCGGGCAUACAACUAGUAGAGAAGGACCAAGAGGGCGGCCAAGAAGAUGGCAGCACGGCCACGGGACACGGCGUGAAGCGUGUGGGCAAGCAGGACGAGGAGGCGGGCGAGGGCGACUCUAUUGCGCAGUUGCAGCCCCAGGUGUACAAGCCUUGGUCGUUGUAA